AUGGUAGACAAAUUGAAGUUGCCAACACAAGAGCAUCCGCAACCUUACAAGUUUCACUGGCUCAACAAAGGGAAUGUGGUAAAAGUUUCAAAACAGUGCCUUAUGACCUUUUCCAUUGGGAAUCGAUAUUGUGAUGAAGUUUUAUGUGAUGUUGCUCCUAUGGAUGCAUACCACCUUCUCUUGGCGAGGCCAUGGCAAUAUGACCGACAUGCUAUGCAUAAUGAGCGAGCAAACACCUAUUCUUUUACGAAAGAUGGUGUCAAGUUCAUACUAGUGCCUCUACCACCCAGUGAGAUUAGCCAAUCUUCAAGGGAAUCUAGUGCCUCUAAGCCAUUAGUGUCUUUAAUAACUAAGGAGGAAUUCAAGGUGAACGACGAGUCGAUCAAUCUACCAGGAGUCAUUCCGCUAUUGUCAGAAUUUUCAAAUGUAAUAUCUGAUGAGAUACCACCAGGGUUGCCUCCCAUACGAGACAUACAGCACGCCAUUGACUUCAUUCCAGGAGCAGUCAUUCCUAAUAAGCCUGCUUACAGGAUGAGUCUCUAG